AGCAGGGGGACCAGCCACAGUGACGGAGAGGAUGAAGGCAGGGGCGAGGGAGAAAGCGGCAGACGAGAGAAAGGGAAGUGCAUGGAGGUGAACAUUGCAGAGGAAAGAGGAGACCUAGAGGCCAGUGACAGAGACUGAGGGGAUGACACAAUGACCAGGGGGACAGGGACAGAGUCUGAGAGGACUGGAGAGUGAGACGACACCCAGGGUCUGGGUCGGCGACCAAGGAAGAAGGGGCAGAGCUCAAGAGGGCAGUGAGAGAGGGGAGCGAGGUAAGGACAAGGACAGAUAUUAAGAGAGGUCAAGGUGCCAGAGAAGAAUGAUAAUGAGAGGGGACAGUGACAGAGACAGAGAGGACAGGGAUAAUGGGUGACAGAGGGAAAUGUAAAAAAGAAAAAAAAAAAAAAAAAAAAGAAGGUUCCACAGACAAAGUUGGAGUAACAGUGAUAGAAGCAAAAGGAACAAAUUCAGACCGAGGGGGCAGAGAUAAAGGUGACAGUGCUAGAGAUACAGGAGGUAAUAUUAGAUAAGGAGCGAACUAAUCUAGAGAGGGGGCAGAGAGAUAGAAGGGACAGAAAUAGAGGUGACAGGGACAGAGAUAGAAGGUUCAGAGACACCAGGACAGAAAUAGAGAAGACAAGUCAAGUGGGGGACAGUUGGAGGAGACAGGAACAAAAUAGGGGAGGCUGAUUGAGAGAGGACAGCCACAGAAUGCACAAACUCGGAGUGGAAGGCGACAGAGGUGACGGCACUGGGGAGGGGGUGAGAGCACCCCCAGCAACAGGGAGGCAGAUGAGGGAGAUGCCAAGAGAUGGAAGGGAUGGGGAUGACAGAAGCAGCACAUAGAAACAGGGUCUAGAGACAAGAAAGGGGGGCCGAGGUAGAGGGUUUGGUGACCUGGAGUUAAGGCUAGAGAGUAGGGAUACAGGCAGGGGCAGGGACAGUUGGAACUGUACCCGAUGGUGGAGGAAAGAGACAAAUGGAGGGUAUGACGGAGACAGAACAGAGAAAGCGAUGGACACAGAGAGAGAGACCGAGUUAGAGGUGAACCAAGAGAGCAGAGCAGAGAGAGAGAGGAAAUGGAGGAAACCGAGUCACGUGGGCAAAGGCAGAAUCCCAGAGGAAGUGAAAGGACACACAGGCCCAUGGGACCCCUGCUCAACAGCGAAUCCAGGGAAAUACCGAGAACCAGGAGGGCGUGAGGUUUCUUCUUUACUCCACCCUGCCCCCCGGUGCCCCCGCGGAGCAUGAACAUUGACGAUGGCACCCGCCCGCGGCUCCCUGCGCCCCCCACUGCCGCCCGGUAGGAUGUCCUGGCCCCGCGGGGCUCUGCUCUUCCUCUGGCUCUUCUCCCCACCCCUGGGGGCCGGUGGGGGCGGCGUGGCCGUGACAUCGGCCGCUGGAGGGGGCUCCCCGCCGGCCACCUCCUGCCCCGCGGCCUGCUCGUGCAGCAACCAGGCCAGCCGGGUGAUCUGCACGCGGAGAGAGCUGGCCGAGGUCCCCGCCAGCAUCCCAGUCAACACGCGGUACCUGAACCUGCAGGAGAACGGCAUCCAGGUCAUCCGGACGGACACGUUCAAACACCUGCGGCACCUGGAGAUCCUGCAGCUGAGCAAAAACCUGGUGCGCAAGAUCGAAGUGGGCGCCUUCAACGGGCUGCCCAGCCUCAACACCCUGGAGCUGUUCGACAACCGGCUGACGACGGUGCCCACGCAGGCCUUCGAGUACCUGUCCAAGCUGCGCGAGCUCUGGCUCCGCAACAACCCCAUCGAGAGCAUCCCCUCCUACGCCUUCAACCGCGUGCCCUCGCUGCGGCGCCUCGACCUGGGCGAGCUCAAGCGGCUGGAGUACAUCUCGGAGGCGGCCUUCGAGGGCCUGGUCAACCUGCGCUACCUCAACUUGGGCAUGUGCAACCUCAAGGACAUCCCCAACCUGACGGCCCUGGUGCGCCUGGAGGAGCUGGAGCUGUCGGGCAACCGGCUGGACCUGAUCCGCCCCGGCUCCUUCCAGGGCCUCACCAGCCUGCGCAAGCUGUGGCUGAUGCACGCCCAGGUGGCGACGAUCGAGCGCAACGCCUUCGACGACCUCAAGUCGCUGGAGGAGCUCAACCUGUCGCACAACAACCUGAUGUCGCUGCCCCACGACCUGUUCACGCCCCUGCACCGCCUCGAGCGGGUCCACCUCAACCAUAACCCCUGGCACUGCAACUGCGACGUGCUCUGGCUGAGCUGGUGGCUCAAGGAGACGGUGCCCAGCAACACCACGUGCUGCGCCCGCUGCCACGCGCCCGCCGGCCUCAAGGGCCGCUACAUCGGCGAGCUGGACCAGUCGCACUUCACCUGCUACGCCCCGGUCAUCGUGGAGCCGCCCACGGACCUCAACGUCACCGAGGGCAUGGCAGCCGAGCUCAAGUGCCGCACGGGCACCUCCAUGACCUCAGUCAACUGGCUGACGCCCAACGGCACGCUCAUGACGCACGGCUCCUACCGCGUGCGCAUCUCCGUGCUGCACGACGGCACGCUCAACUUCACCAACGUCACGGUGCAGGACACGGGCCAGUACACCUGCAUGGUGACGAACUCGGCGGGCAACACCACCGCCUCGGCCACGCUCAACGUCUCGGCCGUGGACCCCGUGGCGGCCGGUGGGGGCGGCCCCGGGGGCGGCGGGGGCAGCGGCGGCUACACCUACUUCACGACGGUGACGGUGGAGACCCUGGAGACGCAGACCGGAGAGGAGGCCCUGCAGCCGCGGGGGACGGAGAAGGAGCCGCCGGGGCCCACCACGGACGGCGCGUGGGGCGGGGGCCGGCCCGGGGACCCGGCGGGCCCGGCCUCGUCAUCCACCACAGCCCCUGCCCCGCGCUCCUCGCGGCCCACGGAGAAGGCGUUCACGGUGCCCAUCACGGACGUGACGGAGAACGCCCUCAAGGACCUGGACGACGUCAUGAAGACCACCAAGAUCAUCAUCGGCUGCUUCGUGGCCAUCACCUUCAUGGCGGCCGUCAUGCUGGUGGCCUUCUACAAGCUGCGCCGGCAGCACCAGCUCCACAAGCACCACGGGCCCACGCGCACCGUGGAGAUCAUCAACGUGGAGGACGAGCUGCCGGCCGCCUCGGCCGUGUCCGUGGCCGCUGCCACCGCCGUGUCCGUGGCCGGUGGGGGCGGGGACAGCCACCUGGCCCUGCCGGCCCUGGAGCGCGACCACCUCAACCACCACCACUACGUGGCCGCCGCCUUCAAGGCGCACUACAGCAGCAACCCCGGGGGCGGGGGCUGCGGGGGCAAGGGGCCGCCCGGCCUCAACUCCAUCCACGAACCUCUGCUCUUCAAAAGCGGCUCCAAGGAGAACGUGCAAGAGACGCAGAUCUGAAGCUGGGGCUGGGGGGGGACCAGGGCAGGCAGGGAGGGGAGCUCGGAGACCCCGGACGUGGGCCCCUCCCUGGGCACCCAGCCCCCUGGACCUCCUGGGGAAGGCUGGGGAACGGCCGGCUUAGAGCCCCGUGGGGACUUGGACUCCCCCCGACCCCGGAGCCGCUCACCCCAGCGAGGACGAGGGUGUCCCCCGCCGCUGGACUCUGAGGGGGCGCUCGGGCCUCCCAGCUCCCCCGGGACGGGAUGCGGGACCCAGAAGUGGCCAGAACCCUUCGUCAUUUCCUCCUGGCCCUCCCAACCCACUGCUCCCGGCCUCCCCCGGACCUUCCAGGGGAGACAGGAGCUUUUUGGUGGGAGGGGCCUUUCCCCUCCCCCCCCCCAACGACCCUCCUUUUACGGUUCUUUUUUUUGCAGUUUGACGCCUGUCCCUCCCCCCCACUCUUCGGCCCCCGAAACUGCAGAGACAGGCCCUGCAGUCAGAGCCCCCGCUGCAGCGCUGAGCUGCACCCCAGGCCCCUGGCCCCUGGCGGGGGAGGAGGGACAGCCUCGCCCACCCGUCACCCAGCCCCGGCCUGGCCCCAACCUGCUCCACAGACUCUUUUGAUACUGAAGGGAGGUUUGCGUCGACUACCUGCUCUGUAAUUACUUUAAAAAAAAAAAAAAA